AUGUGUAGCUACAGACGGUGGGUACAUACACUGAAACGAUGUCUCACUUCCCCUGCACGAAGGAGUCGAAAGGCUUACGAACUAGCUCUAUCGGAACUGGCUCUACAGGUGGAGCGACACGCUGCGUCUGCUCCCCCCGACGUGCGACCGACCCACUGGACACGGGACAGCGAGCCUCUCAGCAUGCACGCAGGGUCACGCGACGCAGCGAUUUCGGCCAUGUGUGUCAGUAGCAAGGAAGCCGGAAGCGUGCUUGCAUUGACAAAUGCUGGGAUGCGAAGGAGCUGCUCGGAAUGUGUGCGAAAGAAAAGGAAGUGCGAUGGCCUGACGCCAUGCAGCCGUUGCCUAAAAGCUGGGGCUCGAUGUACCUACACCAAGCGAAAGUGGCACCAGCGUCAGCCUGGGCACCGGCAACAGCACCAAUCAAAUGGUCCUGCUGCCAUGCAUUCGACAGACUCAUCAUCCGGCACACUCCCGGCCGGUGGCAUGCUGGCUUUGAAGAGGUUCAGAUUGGGCGCAUCUCCGGCGACUGGUCUGGUGGGCAUGCAGGAGAACGCCUUUCUCAAUGACUUCUUCGGCUGCGUUGGGUUGCUGCCCCUCACCACCCCAAGUCACAUUCGUGGAGCGAUGGUCAGGAUGAUGACCGGCCCAACUGCCCAACAUCAGCUGGGCGCUCUGCACGACUCCCCCGCGCAAGGCCAGUUCGGCGCCAUCUUCACUGAGGAUGCGUGGGCGAUCCUGGGAUACUUCCACGGUUCCACGGGAGACAUGGCGGAUUACGUGGAGUACCUGAAGCUUUCGGACUCCUUUUUGAUGGAUUCCGUGGAGCAAGGGUCAACUGACAUGCUGCCUGCGGGAUUCGCUGAGAUUGUCAGUCAAAAGGACACUGUCCAGGUGUAUUCUGGGCAUCUAGACGCUGCGGGUAUCGAGUCGUUUGGCGCCCAGCGUCAACAUGCUCCGCAGAUCAAGCCAGCUGCAUGCGAUGGGGACAUAUAUCGGUAUGUUGCCCAGUCGCAAACGAGAUUCCAGCAAGUGGUCUUCGAGAGAGCUUGCCAGAACAGUGCGACGCGCAGGCACUUGGGAGAAGACGAGCCUUGCGAAGACAACAGGGCCGGUGCUUUUCCGCACGGCAACGCCCCCCAAGCGGAAGAGGUGUCUGAUGCUAUGGUGGUGGGGCUCAAAGAUGGCCUGAUCGACUUCGAACACCUAGAAGACACAGUCGAUCGACCAUACAUUCGCACAGGCGUCGGCGGUCUCCUCAUCAACAUGACCCUUGCAUUUCAAAAAGCAGCGAAAGGGGACGCUGGUGGUACACUGGAGAGGCUCGGGCGUUGCGUCGAGGUCUUUGAGCUGUACCCUGGCGUGUGCCGGUACAUGACACUGUGGUGUCACCUGGCACACAGUGUCCUGGGGGCCCUAGCAGCGAUUGACGAUUCCAGUUCUCGGGGACUGUAUACUCGGUUGCGGGAGGUCUACAAUCCGUCUCGCCCUUCUUCCUCUCUGCCAGCGCCACCUUGGGAGGAGUGGCGUGGGAUAUCCGCAUUCUGCGAUGAUUUCCAGUGCAGCCUUCGGUUUUGGAGCACAGUUUUUCUUUAA